AUGGAGAUCCCUCAUGGCUUGCUUGGUUACACAUCAAGUCAGAGUUGCAAAUUGAAGAAAUCACUCUAUGGAUUAAAGCAAUCAGACAAAAAAUGGUAUGAAAAAUUAUCUAAUCUAUUGCUGACUUAUGGUUAUUCACAUGCCCAUGCUGAUCAUAGUCUAUUUAUCAAGGCUCAUAAUUUUGAAUUUAUUGCUCUAAUUGUAUAUGUUGAUGACAUUAUGCUAACCAGUAAUUCCCUUGCUCAGAUUGAACGCAUUAAGCGUAUUCUUCACACUAAUUUUCACAUUAAGGAUUUAGGGAAAUUGAAAUAUUUUUUGGGGAUUGAAGUUGCACAUUCUGAUAAAGGAAUUUCAUUAUGUCAACGUAAGUAUUGUUUGGAUUUACUGAAAGAUUCUGGUAUGCUUGGGUGUAAGCCAUCCUCCACUCCUAUGGAUAGUUCUCUUCGACUCCAUAAUGAUUCCUUUGGUUUUCUUGAUGAUCCUCUAUCUUAUAGACGCCUAGUUGGAAGACUGGUCUAUUUGAUAAGCACACACCCUGAUAUUGCCUUUGCUACACAACAACUAAGUCAAUUUAUGUCAAAACCAACAAAAGCCCAUCAUGCUGCAGCUGUCCGCGUUCUUCAAUAUCUGAAAGGGUGUCCAGACAAAGGCUUAUUUUUUCCAUGGACUUGCUUUCCUCAUCUACUUGGAUUUAGUGAUGCUGAUUGGGCAACAUGUAUUGACUCUAGGCGCUCUAUUACUGGUUAUUGCUUCUUUAUAGGCAAUUCGCUUGUUUCAUGGAAAACCAAGAAGCAAACUACAGUCUCACGUUCCUCUUCCAAGGCUAAAUAUCGAGCACUUGCUUCUGCAACUUGUGAAUUACAAUGA